AUGUGGGACUACCUGGACAACGCCCUUCCUACGAUCGCGGACUUGACACCAGACUUGUUGAACACACUCUACGACUCCCUCUCAUACGUUGGCUGGACGAGCAUAGCGAGUCAGACGACGGAGAGUAAGGAAGAGGAGAUGAGGAGUAAAGCGAAUCUGCUCAAAUGGAUACGCAGGAAUUUGGGGGAGAGGGAUGUGGGGAGGGGGGAGAGGUUUGCGGCGAAAGUUUUGAUUGAUGGGAGUAUGGCUCUGCGAGUAGUGGACGAGGUGGAGGAGACGGGCGGGGAUGCGGUUCGGGAGGGUGUGGUGGGAAGAGAUGGGCUGGAGGAGAAGCGAAGAGAGGUCGCUGUUGUGGCAGAAGACUCGAUUACGGAUUGUGUUCUGAAGGUCGAGCCGAGAGAAAGAGACGGGUACGGGGAUGCUGGACUAGAUGUUUUGAUGGAGGAUGCGGUGAGUAGUAAGUGUACGCCGCAUGCGGAGGAAGAGAAUGGUACUGCUGACGCUGACGCUGAAGCUGAGCCGGUUGAGGGUGAGAGUCGUGGAGUUGCGAAGUUGGGACUCGAGCAGGAAGAGAGUGAAUGUGGAGUUUUGAUUAAGCAAGAGAGGGAGGAGGAGGAAGAUGGAGAGGGGAGGGGAGAGGGAAGGGCGGAUGAGAUGCAAGCGAUCUCCGGCCUUCUGCUUCGACGAGGAGGAGAACGGGACCACAGCGCUGUUGACAAGGAGAAUAAAGAAAUGCUGCUCGCUCUGGCGAAAUUAGAGAAGGAGGAACAUGCUGCCGGGAAGAAAUCGUCGACGGUGGAGGUAUCGUUUAAGAAGAAGGAAGAGAAGAAGAAGGAGAAAAAUAAGAAGGAAUUGCCGGCUAGGAAGAUGGGGAAGAAGAGUCGGGUGGAAAAGGGGAAGGAAACGGAGGAGAAGGAGAAGAGGGCAGAGACUGGGUCGUUCCAUGAAAGAGUCGCUGGAGAGGAAAUUAACCUGGAUGUGCUGACGAAGUCGCACCACCACAACGACACGGACACGGCGAAUAGAGGCACGAUUGCUGAGGCGUACGUUCUUCUCGACAUCGCCGAGAAGCACGCUCAAUCCGAGGCCAUCCCCGUCCUUCACCACCAGAUCGUCUCCGCCGGCGGAGGUACAGCUCGAGGCCACCGCAUGUCCACAAGUCGAGAAGUCGUACCGCCGCAGUCGAGUCCUCAAAGGCAUACUACCACCGCUACUACAAUCGCUCCGACGACGACGACAUCCGACAAAGCGACCGCUUAG